CGCCACCGCCUCCCGCGCCGCGGCCAUGGCUAAGGACGCGCUGCGGCCGCGGCUGUGCCGCAUGCUGAAGGGGGAGAGCGGCUACGGCUUCCACCUGCACGGCGAGAAGGGCAAGAGCGGCCAGUUCAUCCGCAAAGUGGAGCCCGGCUCGCCCGCCGAGGCCGCGGGGCUGCGCGCCGGGGACCGCGUCGUGGCGGUGAACGGGGACAACGUGGAACACGAGACGCACCACCAGGUUGUGCAGCGCAUCAAAGCUGUGGAGUCAGAGACGCGCUUGCUCGUGGUGGACAAGGAGACGGACGAGUACCUGUGCAGCCUGCGCCUGACGUGCACAGAGGAGAUGGUGCACAGCGGGAUCCUGCUGAACUCCAGUGUCUCACCCACUAAGUCAGUGGGCAGCGACAAUGGGGAGGUCUGGAAGCCACAGCUGGAUCUGAGCGGAGGCAACCUCCAGCGGCAUUCACACAGCUUCUCCUCACACGGCAGCAGAAAGGAUUUAAAUGGGCAGAAGGAGCUAUGCCCCCGUCUCUGCCAUCUGAAGAAAGGCCCCAAUGGCUACGGCUUCAACCUGCACAGCGAGAAGUCCCGGCCGGGGCAGUUCAUCCGCUCGGUUGACCCUGACUCACCAGCCUCCAGAGCGGGGCUGCAGCCCCAGGACCGACUGGUGGAGGUGAACGGCAUCAACGUGGAAGGGCUGCGGCACUCGGAGGUGGUUUCCCACAUUAAGUCCAGGGAGAACGAAGCCAGGCUCCUGGUGGUGGACCCCGAAACAGAUGAGUACUUCAAGAAGCUGGGGGUGACCCCCACGGAGGAGCACACCAAAGGUGUGGUGCCCCAGCCCAUGACCAACGGAUCCGCACCGACCCAGCUGAAUGGAGGAUCCACGUCUUCAUCUCACAGCGACCUGCAAAGUCCCGGGAAGGAAUCAGAGGAUGGAGACGCGGAGAAGAAGGACCCAUUUGAGGAGAGUGGGCUGAGCCUGAGCCCGACGGCUGCCGAGGCCAAGGAGAAGGUGCGGGCCAAGCGGGUGAAGAAACGAGCUCCGCAGAUGGACUGGAACAAGAAGCGAGAGAUUUUCAGCAAUUUCUGAGCCUGCUGGUGGCUGCCGUCCGCUCUUCUGCCCCUGCCCCAGCCUGGACGUUGCUGAGGUGUCUACGCCCUGUCCUUCAGUGUCCAUGUGAGAUGCUUUGUGCUCUGCUCUCCACUGGUUGCUUUUAUGAGGCGUAUUUUAAAGUCCUAUAUUUUUUAUUUUUUAUUAUUAUUGUUAUUAUUAUUAUUAUUACUCACCAGCGAUUCUCAUGAGACAACUGUGACCAAAGCUCCCUUUCCUGCUUGCUCUUCAGCCCGGCUCUGGCCGCCCGCCAUCCCCCAUCCCUAUGAGAAAGAACUGGAAGAGUUUAACUCUGUUUCGUACCUGCAUCAUUUAGGCUUCUAGUAUUGUUUUUUUUUUAUGAAUAUUUGGGGUGUUUGGUUGGGUUUUGUGGGUGUCCCAGACUGAGCCCCAUGGGACGCUCCAUGUGGCCUCGUGCCCUGGCUGCGGUGGGGCCCACAGGGUGGGGAGUGCCUGGACCCCCCCCAGCACCCCAUCUACAACUCACACAAUGGGAACACGGACAGUGGCUGUAAAUCGCUGAUGUCAGCUUUGCUAUUGAAACAAAAAAGCUUGGUUUGUUGGUUUUCUUUGUUUUUUUUAAUGACAUUGCAUGUUUCCGGUCAGUUUAGGAGCCUCUCUCCCCACCAGCGACUUCUGCCCCGGCAAUAAAAGCCCCUUUUUCAUCUCCUCCGCAGAGAGGAGAGGGCAGGAUUUGAAAGCAAAACCCAAACCCAACAGCCUGAACGCCACAGACCUCAGGCUUUGCAGCCGUUGAUGCAGCGCUGAGCGGUGGGGAAGGCAGGGAGCGGGGCCAGUCCUGCCCUGCAGCGCCGCUAAGCCUGGAGAGAGGACAAGAGCCAUGAGAUGCUAUGGAACUCCUUGGACAGACGUGAAAGUGAGCACAACCCGGGAUGUGUUUUCAGGCAGGAAUGCGGGGAUCCAGCUCUGGCUGCAGGCUUGGUGUUGGGUGCCUCCUGGUUGGGGACUACUGGGCUGGUAUUUGGUGCCUCCAGCCCGUGAGCGUGACCUGGUCUGGGUCUCUGAAGCCAUGGGGACUCUGCGGGGGUGGCUACAAAGCUGACAGUGGGGUGACAGUGUGGGCAGUUGCUCUGGCUUUCUGUGGCCUCCUUUGGAAACACUUUGUUAUUGGAUCCCCCAAAAUGGAUCUGUACAGCAUUCCAAAUUAAGGCCAUGUAAGGUCUUUGUUUCUUGCCUUUGGCUGUGGAGGAGGGAAGAUGACUAAGCUGAGCUACAAUGCUCAGGGGUGUCAGGCAGAGGUGUUUCACCAGGGCAGGGUCCUGGCUGUGAUCGGGCUGCCCCCUCCCAUGCUCCCCAGGCCCGUCCAGGGUGAUAGGGCUGCUCCCGCAGCUCCCCAAGCCCGGCCAGGAUUGCUGCCCGGUUCCUCAGCCCAGCAGCCGUGGUGGGAAGGGACAAGGUGCAGCAGGACCAUCGAGUACAAACCCACUGACAUCAACGACCAAUUUAAACACUGGUGGUGACUUUGCCCUGCGUUUGUCCAACUGUGUCACAAUCCCGUGGCCUUUCGGUCAGUGCUACAGAUAUCGUCAUGGCUUUGUGCGUAUCUCAGAAGAAUUGUGCUAAAAGGUGCCUUAUAACAUUUUCUGCUCUCCUCGGCAGCGGCUGGGGUGUGGCACAGCCGUGUUGGUGCGGGGCAGGGCAUCCGCAGUGGCAGAGCCAGGAAUGGGGAGCAGCUGAUGCCCUUGGCUGCUGGUAGGAGAGCAUGGAAAGCCUCAGGGGUGAUGGAGAUGAGUUCUCUUUUAGGAAUGUUGUCUUUUAGGAAUGUUGAUGGGCUGAACAUGUUGAAAAUAAUGACUUUGGAGAGGAACUGGUGCGGGCGUUUGGGUGAUGAGACCGGCAGCAGGGUGACAGCUUGGGAUGUGGAGAGGUUUGCCUCCUCUCCAGGACUCGCCGUUAACAGACACCUCUUCCCUACCCUACUUCAAUGACAAUUACCUCCUCUCUUUCUUGGUCCCCAAAAAGAUUUGCUUCUAAAAACAGUAAUCUUCUGAAGGAACCCUUCUUUUCCAUGGAAUGCGCGUUGCUUCCCGUGCCUGUAUAGCCAAACCCCAGGCGGUGCCCAGUCUGUGCAGGGCAGAGCGUUCCCCGUGACACCGACCUCUCCGAUCCACGUCAAAGAGCAAAGACCUGCGUGUUGAUACUGCAUUUCUCACACAAGACUGGACCACAGUUGUUGAGGGAGGGUCAAAAAGGAACAUGUAGCUUUGAACGCAGAUCAAAAGAAUUUAGGUGUGCAAAUCUGUACUGAUAAGAUUUCAAUCUUCAUCUCUGCGUAGUCCAUGGAAACUGCUCCAGGUAAAAGCACUUAUCGUGUUUCUGACAUCUUGUAGCUCAGUAGUAAUUACUCAGUUCUCGUACAUUUAACUCAGAAAACAAAAUCAAUAGAGGAUAAGACUGUCAGCUGCAUUGU